UAUUCAGAAGACUCUUUUCGAUAGCAGCUUUGAACACGCGUUUUAUUCAAGCCACCCAGUGUAUUAAGAACGCGUACGUUACAAGGUUUUUGUCUGCGACACAUCUGAUAUAUGACUCAUUAUCAAAGAAAAAGCCUGUCAUGAAGGGAAGUUCCUGUACAUGAUCCUGGACCAUGAAUGGGGAACGUUGUUUUGAAGGAUUGUCAGGAUUCAUUUAUCCAUCAGCACAGUACGCAAGAGAAGACAGUUCCAAUGUGACAGCCUGUGCACCAUGCUUCUUCCCCCACCACUGCAUGGCAAACAACACUUGUCUCCUGGGCACAACAGGUCUCAGCUGUGAAGUGUGCUUCCAUGCAAGGACAGAUCAAGGUUAUCAACUGGUGGGAAACACAUGUUUUCUGUGCAGCCCAAUUCCUCUAGCUGCAAUAGCUACAGGUAUCUACAUCCUUCUCAUUGUACUUUGUGUGGCUGUCAGUGGACUUACAGCAGCGGCAGUCACUAAGCUGAAGAUAUUGAUGAACUUCGUGCAACUGGUUUACCUGUCUUUCUUUGUGAAAGUACAGUGGCCAUCAUUUAUGUCUCAUCUUGCUGCUCUUCUGUCUUUCUCCACCUUCACCUCAGAUAUCGUGAUGACAGAGUGCCUUUUGCCAGGUGUGAAGUGGUCCAGUUACCUGAGAUGGGGGACUGCCAUAGCUAUCCCAAGUGUCAUUGUCUCUUUUGGUAUUUGCGUGGACCGGGCAUUAGACAACAAGGUAAAGGCUGCUAAGCGUGAGCCUGUGCGAGUGGUGGUUGAGAGGCGCCGUGCUGGGAUACGCAACUUCCUCUUCCUCAUCGUGCUGUCCUACUACCUACCGGUAGCCCUCAGCGCAAUCCAGAGUUUCUCCUGCACACAAACAUUUGGACAGAAUAUGGUGUUGGACACCGGCCUGUUUCCAGACAAUGUGUUCCUGUAUGACCACACAGUCUCCUGUGAUGACUUUCUGUUCCAGACCCUCAACUUUGUGUUGACGCUGUUUAUGUUGGUGUACAUCGUACUGCUGCCUCUCCUGCUCAUAUUCUUCACACUUCGACAAAGGAAAUGGGGGCUCCUGGACUGCAAGUCAGCGAGAUAUGGAUUUGUGUAUGAGUCAUACAACAAUCGCUGCUGUUUCUGGGACUCUCUGGUGAUGGUGAGAAAGGUAGUCAGCAUUGCAGUCACCAACACUAUGCUAACUGAUCCCCUUCGACAAUCUAUUGUCCUGCUGUCAGUUUCUGGCCUCUACUUAUUGUUACUGCUGGCUGCUCGCCCUUACAGAAAAUGCACAUGGAAAGGUCAGCCAUUGAAUAUCCAUCAGUUGCUGGAGGUGGUGUGUACUGUGAGUCUGUGCACGGUGCAGACAGGGGGACUGCUGCUGUCCCUGCACCUCUAUCCAGAGAUGCUGAAUUAUCUGCUGAUGGGGCUUGUACUAUUGGCGUUGGUCCUGUGGCUGGGAUGUGCAGCAGCAGGCAAAGUUGAGGACAUGGAGGAACAGGUUGUCUUUGAAGAUGAAGUUGAACGAACAGUGUCCAGGACAAUAAGUUUGCCACACCAAAGAAUAAAGAGGAACCAGGUUGGAGAGUAUGUGACAUCACACGAGGUAGAACGCAGAGUGGCACAUGUGGAGUUCUGAUCAAUCCUGUCCUUAUCAUGGAAGUUCUCAUCAAACUUGUUACAUUCCAAAUAAACUUUUGGUUACUUGCCA